GUGGCCUCAACGACACUAGCACCACCGUUUGUCACCAAAAACAAAGGAGCAGCAACCAUCAGGCCUCUUCGUACGCCUGCCCCGUAACACUGUCGUCAGACAUCAUCGUUGUGCUGGGCCUGACCUCGCCAAGUGCCGCCGUCGUCGUCGUCCUCCUUCAGCUCAACGAAACUUCGACCAGACCCAUCCCGUCAUGCAUCUUCCCCCGCAGGUAUUUGGCAUGAGCUUGGUGGUACUCCUAGUGCUUGCAGUCACGCUUUCCCAGGCCCAUGGAGAGGUGGACCUGGCGGAAGAUCGUUCCUUGGUGGACGAAGAACGACGUCAACUAGAAGAGACCUUAGGCAUCAGACACUUUGCCCUCCCGCAAGCAGGGAAACGAGGGGAAGAAGAAAUGAGCUCUUUGGACGAAAACUCCGAACUUGAGGACUCUCUUCUGGACGACACAGACUCUGCCUAUGAAGAGAAAGAGCUGGACUUUGACAAGCGCGCCCCUGGCUGGGGUAAGAGGGCACCCGGCUGGGGCAAGCGGGCACCCGGCUGGGGCAAGAGGGCACCUGGCUGGGGCAAGCGCAGCGAUCUCGACUCAGCGUGGGAAAAGCGGGCGCCUGGCUGGGGCAAACGGGCGCCUGGCUGGGGUAAAAGGGCACCAGGCUGGGGCAAAAGGGCACCAGGCUGGGGCAAAAGGGCACCAGGCUGGGGAAAGCGAGCCUACAUCUGAGACGGGAUGAAAAGUGCUUCUCGCAAGGACACUCUUUGACUGGAAGUAACGUGCGGAAGAGAACAGUUGACGAUGACUUCUGACAGGAAAAGCAGCAUCCAUCUUCACUUCACUUACAGACACAAAGACCCUCUGAUCUGUUCUGCCUGUAGGUGGCGCUACUGUGUUGUGCGACUUGGCGAGCAGACUACUCACUCCUGAACUCACAGGCGUUGGAAACGUCACAACAGACGGUUAUGAACAUCAAACUGUCACAAUUAUUGCUGAUUCUUACUGAUGAGUAAAGCAGUCGGAUCUACUCACAGAAACAUCAAAAUGUCUUUUUCGUGAAAGUAGAAUUUAUUUUUAUUUCUGGAAUACGACAAUCGUAAACACUUUCUUAACAUUCUCCUGUAGCCUGUUACAGUUUUGUCAGUGACCUUUUCUCUUGUACAAUUGGUUGUGGGAUUAACUUCUGACUUAUCUUACCUCUCGUCUCCUCUCUUCUUGUUAUCCCUCAUUUGAAUACGCUUUGUCACGUGACUCCUGUCUGCACUUUCAACGAUCGCUUCGACAACGGUCAGGAUCAUCUUGAUUAACUUGUUAUUGUGAGUAGAAAGUGUGGAGAUAUUUAUUAUAUGCAUGUUUAAAUCCCAGUCUCCUUUUUCCUGCUGCUGGGGGGUUUCUGUAGAGAGAAAAACAAUUGACUGUUAACUGUAAUCACAUCGCUGUCUGAGUCGCAAGAUGAAGCUCAAUCGUCUCCUUGUGCUCUUCCGAGGUGGUUCCAUGAAUAAAGAUUGUAUGUUCUAAAGAAA